AUGUUCAAAUACUUCAGCCACCAAAUUCACCUAGAAUUUGUCAGGACAUUCAUCUUGUCCCUCGGACUAUACAUCCUGCCCGAGUCGCCCAAGUACUUGAUCCUCAAGGGCCGCGAAGAAGAGGCCAAGAAGUUGCUCUCCAGACUCCUCUCUAUCCUGAUCAAAUUCAUCUUCUACUACGGCACAACUUUCUUCAAAAACAGUGUGAUCCAGAACGCCUUCACCAUCAUGAUCAUUACCAAUGUCGUGAUCAAUGUAGUCAUGACCAUCCCCGGAAUCUGGUUGGUGGACAAGGCUAGGCGACAAUCACUCUUAUUGACCAGAGCUGUACGCCAUCAAUCCACUGUUGCCCUUCCUCUGCCCUCUCUAGACUACGGUGGCUUCUCAAUUGAUAUAGAUAACCUCAUCCUCAGAGACAUCCGUGUCCUCAGCAAACAGGAAUGGGAUGACUACGGUAAUCCAUCUUCCCCUUAUCACCAACAAAGAAAAAAAAAAGAAAAGAUCGGCGAACUCUUCACCGCCGGCGCCGAGGCCAUUUAG